UGUGGGCUGUCAUGACCAUAAGUGAGCUACCUGGGCGUGUCGAUUCCACCCUGGUACUUUCGACACUUUGUUCUUGCGUUCUUCAGCUCGAUGUCACUUUGCUUCUGGAGUUUUAACAACGGCACAGUAAAGACACAGAGAAAGGACUCUGAUAAUAAGAUUAUUUAUGAGCAUAAAUACUGGCUUGAUGAGUGGAACCAUGCUUGCAACCCAAACCUGCUGAGAGGUUCUUGUUGAAAGAUGCAACCAGGAGGUCCACCCGCUCCACCACCUCCACCACCACCACCUCCACCUCCGCUACCUCCACCGCCUCCUCCUCCACCUCCAGCCCCUGGCCUUUUUCCAUCACUAAAUGGCUUCGCCAAGGGACAGCGCCGGCGCUCCAGGAUGCGCAAUUUCAACUGGGAAACCCUUCCCAAGCAAAGUGUGAUAGGAAAGCACAACAUCUGGACAGCAGAUAAGACUGAUGGGGAAUAUGAGCUGGACACCGAUCACAUGGAGGAGUUGUUCAGUCACAAGCAGGUCCAGCAGCAACUCAAGGCCCAGAAUGUGAGGGGCCUGUUGACUCCAGCCACAGGAGGGGAAGUGGUUUCCAUCCUCAGCUCCAAGAGGAGCAUGAAUAUUGGAAUUUUCCUAAAGCAAUUCAAGCGGUCUUUAGAAGACCUGAUUGAAGAAAUUAAAUCAGGAAGCAGUCACAGUUUUGGUCCUGGAAAACUGCGAGACUUGUGCAAGUUGCUGCCAGAUGAAGGGGAGGUCAAGCAGCUGGUUAACUUUAAAGGCGACCACUCUGCUGUACCCGAAGCAGAUCUUUUUAUGCUCAUGCUGGUCAAAAUUCCUAGUUAUGAGGAGCGUCUGAGCAGCUUGGUGCUGAAAGAGGAAUUUUUCCCCCUCAUAGAUGAAAUGAAAGGAUUAAUUGGUACUUUGACAGCUGCUGGAAGAGAGCUAUUAGAGUCUGAUCAUCUCCAUUCUAUCAUUCGUUUGGUACUGAAGACUGGAAAUUACAUGAAUGCUGGUGGUUAUGCAGGCAGUGCCAUUGGCUUUCGGAUGUCUUCUCUGCUGAAGCUAGUGGAUACCAAAGCAAAUAAACCAGGAAUGAAUCUUAUGCAUUAUGUCGUGAUGCAAGCCCAGAAGGCUGAUAUGGCCCUGCUGAAAUUUCCAGAUCAGCUCAAACAUAUUGAAGAUGCAGCUAGAAAGAACAAAGGUGACAUUGAAGCAGAGUUUAAAAGACAGAUGAAGAAAGUACAAGAUGCCAAAACAGACGCCUUGAAGCAUGAAGACCUGAAGGUACAAAUGGAGGAUUUUCUCAAGGAAGCUGAGGUUUGUUUGGCUGAAAUAGAGACUGAUCUUCAGGAACUGCAGUCAAUAAGUGAUUCUGUGGCAGAGUACUUCUGUGAGGACCCCACGAAGUUCAAACUGGAGGAGUGUUGCUCCGUUUUCAACUCCUUUUGUGAGAAAUUCCUGCGGGCCAUGCAGGAAAACAAGGCUAGAGAGAUGGCCGAAGUGAAACGGAGACAGAGGGACAGAUUACAAAAUGCAGCCAAGCGCAGGUCCACAGCUACCUGCUCCAGCAGAGACAAGGAAAUGGAUGGAGUUGCAUUAGAGUCCGUACUACAGAAUUUCCUCACCAAUCGCAUCUCUAGGAGAAGAUCUGGGAGGCCCUCAUCGACUUAUGGAAGCCCCACUAGUAGCAGCCCUAAUAACGGGAGCCUAUCUGAAAUUACGUCUCAGGCCAACCUCCCCACUGGAAACCAAAAGCAUGGAGGUUCCUUUGCAUUUAAAGCCAGGGAGAUGGGCAGAAAAGAGUGGAAUUCGGCAGUUGAACUCACAGAGAACUCUUCAUUUAAGAAAGAUCAGUCAAAUAUCGAGGACAACAAAGCAAAAAGUGACAUUUCUCAUAAAGAUGAGAUGAAAACUUCCAAAAAAGAGGACCCUAGAGGAUUUACGCACCCAGCCAAAAGGACCAGUAGCAUUGCCUCUGUAGGCAGGUCUUUCUCAGCCACCACUGACGACGAGGAAGAUCUGCAAGACAAUAAUGAGGAGGAGGCCCAAAAGUUACGUGAAGCAUCUAAAAAAGUUUUGCGUUUUCAGAACAGCCGUGGCAGUGUCUCAUCUGGGGACUACUCUCUGGAAAGUCAGAAAUCUCCCUGUGCAAAAAAGACUUUGCCUCAUCAGCUCACUUUUGAUGAGCACACAGAGAGGUAUCCUGGAAACCCAAACAAUGAGGAUAUGCUUCAGUUUUUGUUUAAUCCUCAGACCUCAUCAAAGCGCAACCUUGGCCGCCGGCAUACUCUGCCUACCAAAGUCCCUAAAACUGAGGAGGAUGAGGAUAAUGUGUGGACUCAGCCUCCAGUCAUAACUCCAAAUCCUGCAGCAGAAAAAAAAGGGACACUAUUAGGAGACGCUGCUGGACACACUCCUUCAAAAACAGUAUUUGAUUUUACUGAAACUUCUCACAACUUUAAAAAGUCUGGUGCUGAAAACCAGAAUUCUCCAUCAGCAGAAAAGAAAAGUAAGCCAGCGGUUUCUUUAGCACAUGGACAAGAUGAAGGGUUUCUGGAACAAAACCAAGAGGGCAAAUCAGUGGAGCCUGCAGGCGAGAACCUGCAGUUAAAUAGAGAAAAUAUUCCACCUAGGAGUUUGUGGUUUAAGACUGAGACAUCUGGGCUAUUUUUUAGCUUUUUUAAACGGCUUGGAGAUAUGAGCAAACCGCAAAAUAGCAAGGAAACGACCCAGAAGGGCACAGAUUCUAGUGUGUAGGCUCUGAAAUAUAUUUCUAAAUUUAUGAAAUACAUUAUGUGUAUAAAUUUAAAGCUCAUGUAACUUUAGUGUUACUUGCAGUUAACAUAUAAAAGAUACAUCAUAGCUGAUAGUAGUGAUGAUGAUAUAAUGUUGUCUUUUGUGUUAUGUUAAUUUCGUGAAAUGAAAACUGAAUAAGAUAUGAGGAGAUUUUAGGAAAGUGGUUGGAGAAUGUUUUGUUGUUGUGGAAAGGCUUUUUGUAUGUUGUACCACUAGAUGGCAGAAUAACAGAGCUGAAAAUGGAGGUGCUGCUUUUCAGACAAUCUGUAUGUCUAGUUAAAGUAAAAGUAAGAUGGUCAUAUUCACUGUAAAACAUUUUGUCUUCAUCUUUUAUGCAUGCAUAAUAAUAUUCUAUUGACAGCAUGGUACUGUUCUCAAUAGUUGGACAAAAUAGUUUAUACAGUGUAAGUGCGUGUUAUAUGUCAGAUUUAAACCUUGUAGAAUGUACUGAGAAAGUGAAGGAGUGUAGAGUGUGGAGAUAAGGCAGCAGAAAGAAAUCUAAUUGUAUUGAAAUCUUGUCUUGGUUGUUAUUUUUACACUAGUACUUGCUUGUACUGUAUAUACAGUAUUCAUGUUUUUCUGUUGUAUAUUGAAAAAUGUAUUUGCAUUUUCCUUCUUGGUUGUCCUCGACUCUUGUUGUCACGAGCACAUCAAAAAUGCACAAGACUGUGGUUGCUUUCAGGGUCUUACUCAAUUCAGCCAUUGUUCUGGUCUUAAAUGGGUCAGUGUUACAAAGGCAGCCUGUAUCUGAGCAGAGCUGAACCAUGGAUGGUCCAUGGCAAAGAGAAGGGUGCUGAUCCUAAAUUAACUUGAGAAGAGAUUACCAUGGUUGAAAGGCCAACAACUGGUGGCUGAUUAAGAUGGAAAAUACCAGCUUUCAGCACUGUCAGAUACAGCCCCAAUAUCCCCAUUAGCUAGGAGCAGAGGCAAGGGGUCAGGGAGCUUGUGUCAAUACAACUAACAGUUCAAAAUGUUGUUUAACUUCUGGCAUCUCUUAGCAGUUGAUAUUAGAGUUACAGAGUUAGUUCCGGUACUAUGUCAGGAUGUCUUAGUCCAUGACCUCUUUAGUAUCCACAUUUAAACGCCAACUGGAGCAAUCUAAUGCAUAUUAAUGUUUCUUUGUGUUCAAAUAUUUAUUAGAUUGAAUGCAUGGUCACUGAAAUUACAGAGAUGUGAUGUAAGUUGUGACUUGUCUGAUUGUUCUAUUGUAUGUAUCAAUAUCUCAUCAGGGUGAAUAAAUGAAUCUCAUGAUGUAGAGAAAAGAAUCA